AUGGCCAAGGCGCUGAGCCAGGAAGAGGUACUGGACCUCCUCUGCCAAGGGGGUGGGAAGGUGACCAAUGCUUCACUGCUGGGGCACUUUAAAUUGUUUCUUAGAAAUCCCCUGGCGUCUGCAGAACAGCAGCAGAGGAACAGGGAGAAGUUUAAACGUUAUGUGAAUUCAGUAGCCGUGGUGAAGCAGGAGGGAGCUGUCAAGUACGUGGUGCUGAGGAGCAGAUACCGAGAUCUGCUAGGAGAGGACCUUAGGCCACCAACUCCGGACCUUAGUCAACAAACGGAGCAUGUGCACAGCUGUCGUGAGCUUGAUCAAGUUGUCCCCGCUGCUGCCCCUUCACAGGACUGUACAGAAACUCAGGUAGGAGGAGAUGGAGCAGCCAGAAUGACGCAGUGCAAUGGCAGGGCAUGGGGGUAUGGAACUGGUAGUGAUGAAAUACAGAGCAGGACUGUUGACUGUUUACAGCACAGUAUUGUGUGUCCUGUAGAGGACCAUUGCAGGACUUGGGGAGUGCAUGAUGUAAUAAAUGGGAACCCUCCCUCUCAUUUUGACAUAAAACCCAUUACAUGUGAGACUGUAUCAGAGUCUUAUCCAUCUUCAGCCCCAAUCUUCAAAAUUAAACCCAGCCCAACCCCCAAAUCAUCCAAACUCACAUUCUCACCAUCCAGCCAGACGUCCCAUUCAUCAAAACUUACCUCCUCACCCUCCAGCCAAACCUCCCAGUCUUCCAAACUCACCUCCUCACCGUCCAGCCAGACCUCCAAAUCAUCAAAUGUUACAUCCUCACCCUCCAUCAACCAUCCCUCUUCCUGUCUCCCUGCUGAUAACCCUGCUUUGGUAUCAAACAACUACAAUCAGUCCCAGUCCCCAGAAACAAAUGGUCACUGGAGACAGCCCAAACCUCCAAGUAACCAACUAGCUGGUAUAAAUUCAGAUUGUUUAUAUUCGUCAAAAGUAGAGCACAAUCAACAUACUAAAUGGAAACUAAAGGAUGAAAGCAGUCAACUGCCAGCUUCCCCUCCCUUGUCCAGGUACACAAAUUUAGCACACACUGCUCCCUCCCUUCUGCUCAGGCAAGAUUCAGGUAACAGUCUGCCAGAUGUGCUGCUUGCAGAAUAUCAGUCAGAGACUCUUAGCCCCUCCCCUCCCCUGCCUGAAACUGAUAUGAGAGACUUAUGGAUGUGCCAGUUUCCGAUCUUCAAAAGUAUCAGGUGCCAGCUUUCCUUGCAGGAUCUGGAUGAAUUUGUCGAACAGGAAAGCUGUGGCAGUGAUGGAAGUGAUAGUGGUGAAGGAGGGGAUUGUGAUACAGAGCCUUUGGAGGAGGAAGAAGAAUCAUUAUCUAGUGAUUCAAAUAAGGAAAAGCAAGAAUUAAAAUUGUGUACUUCUAACCAAUCAUUCCUCAAUAAAACUGCUACUUUUAGAAGGCAAACACAUGAGGGAGGUUUGCUUACCACAAACACUGUGGUUGAGGCUGAAAAAGUGGCUGUUCCUGAAAAUUAUUACAGUAAAUCCCCUUACAUUGCCAUCUUUCUCACUGAUCAAGCACCAAUAUUAUUUGAACUUGCUGGCAAUCUCCCAAAGAGCAGAAUUCCUUCACGUGCAUAUGAAUAUAUAUCUUCCUCAGAUGAUGAACGUAAUAGGGAUUUCCAAAAGAGAAGACGCCCUUCACGCUCCAAAAAAACAUCUAUUCCUUUGGUAGCUCCAAAACCUGAUGUGGAUCGACUGUUAAUAAGCAGACCUGUUAGCACAAACAACUUUAUUGUAAAUAACUGUCUUCCGGAAUCUAAACAUGUGCAAUCGCAAUAUAUAUCUAAGGGAAAACCUGAACCAGAUGUUAAAAAAUAUGUAAAUUAUAAGUCUUCCUUAGUACCUUUAGAUCCAAUGGAACAUGACUGGAUUGUUAAAUCUGCAUCAGGAUCCUGGCUUCAGGUAUAUGGAAUGUUUACAAUAGAUCCUCAAUUGGCAUUACGGAAGGAUUUAUCUCUGGCUACACUGUUUCUGCAUUGGUUUGCCAAGCAUGGGUGUGCUGAAAUGUUUCAAAAGGUUGUUGCUGGUGCCAAGAAAGCUGGGAUAGAACUGAAUAUGAAUAUCAAGUCUACUUGUGGAUACACUCCAUUACACAUAGCUGCUAUCCAUGGGCAUCAUAAGAUUGCCAUCAUCUUGGUGGAAAAACUGAAAGCCAAUGUGAAACUGAGGGACAACAGUGGCAAGCGAGCAUGGGAGUACUUGGGCCACACAACUUCUGGGGAUGUGUGGCAACUGUUGGGUGCGCCAAGGGGCAAAACUAUAUUUUCAUCUCGUGCCUUAAAUACAACUCUAAGCACAUCAAGCCAGCUUAACAGAAAAGCUUCCUUGGCUGCUUUUCUUAAGCCACAACACCAAAAAUGGAAAGCAAAUAACCUCCCUUCUCUAAGGGAAAGAGAGAUUUACAGUGACUAAAAAAAAUAAAAAUAAACUUUUUGUGAUGU